AAUUAAGCUAUCUGUCCAAUCACUGUGUGUGCUCUCAAAGUGCAAAGUUGAAAUAUGUCGUAGACGGGAGGUACUUCCACGACAGAGUAGGGGCAAAUGUGGCUAAGAAUUGAAUGGAUGUCUGUGGUUUUCGCAUUCUCUUCAAGGAAAUCAGUUCAUUUCUCAUUCAAAAGACAUUAGUAGAGGGCAAGUAACAAAAUGCAAGAUCAUUGCAUUGCAUUCCCAGAAAAGUGGACAGCGCAUGGAUAAGCAACUUGAUACAUUGUAACAUUCAGGGAAGUAAAUGGACAGCAUGGUAUUUCACAAGUAAGUUUUACUUAUACAUUUUAGCGUUAUUGUUUAAAUUUUUUUAUUUAUUUUUUUGCUACAAGAUGCACACUAGUUCAAUUAAGGGUAUUUGACAGAAGAUUCCGAAAGUAGUUUGGCCAAAGCAAUCUUCUCGGCGUGGAAUGCCACGCAGGCAAUAGCCUAGUACUACUAUACUACUACCCAAACUAAAGAAACGAAGUUGAAUGGGUGUUGAUAAGUAGGCUAUGACCCGCGAAUGCAUUAAUAAGAUAUUGUGACAUUAUAUCUAGAUUUAACCCAAAUAAAAUGAGGGCGAUAAAGAUAAGGAAAUACUUUAGGGGUAGUGGGAGGGUACUUGCAUUUGUUUUCAUUGCAUCUAUUAUUUGGCUGCUGUUCGAUAUGGCAGCGCUUCGCCUGUCAUUAAAUGAUGUUAACAGCCAACUUUUAAAAGAAAGCGUAGUAAAGGAAAGGCAGGCUGUCAGACAGCAGGCCACGAAACGUACUAAGUUAGUGCAUAGGGGGUUUAAACAUCCAGUACAGAGAGUAGACUUGGACCUGGACGAGGCAGGUAAUAAAGAUCCACUCCAGAAUGACAAUAAAGUCCUUGAAGUGUACAGGAAGCGAGGACCCGCUGUCAAAAAUGACCCACAGUUUAAGGACAACGUGAACUCACAUGAGCAACAAGGAGGGAAUGCCCAACCAAAGUUAGAACAUGCUGUCAUCUUUAAGCAUAACCAAAUCGAGCCUGUGCAUCUUGUCACAGUACAAUUGAGUGUGCCUUUGAAUACGAAAGCACCUGUCAAAGAUCCUUUGCCCGUCAAAGAUGUGUCAAAAAAGGCAGUGGACUUGGUGCUGGAGGAUGGGAAAGUAGGACCUACGGAGAGGGAUAAGAUUGUGGCAUUCCCUGCAGCAGUAGGCUCGAACUUUACCAAAGUGCCACCUGGUGUUCAGGAAGGAAAACAUGUUGAAACGCCUGCCUCAAAAAAUACAGGAGAGAACCAAGAGGGAAAUAUAGGCCUAGUGCAAAAAGGCAAAGAAAAUAAUGACUCCAAGACACAGAAGAAAGUCAAAAACUCACUUGGGCCUGGCAAACAAGAAAGCUUUAUUAAAGACAAGGUUGCAGUGGACUACACAGUUAAACCUGUCAAAAAGGAUGUACUCAAAGGAGAAGAGGUGAUUGUCAACAAAGAGGACAAACAGAUCAAUGAGCUUGAUAAAGGUAACCCUGAAGCCCUAAAGGAGGCCUUACCACCUACAGCAAAGCUGAAACGCCAACAAGGAGUUCCCACAAAUUCUACAGUUGUUAGAAACACAGGUGUCCACAAAGUGCUGGCAUUAGACAUGACCCAAGCGCCUAGAGAUGCCAACGCAAUUGGGCAAUUUGGGCAAGCAGCCAUGGUGCCCAGUGACAAAGAGCAGGAGGUGAGGAACCGUUGGAAUGAGGGCCAUUUCAACGUCUACCUGAGUGACCAGAUCCCUGUGGACCGAGCCAUCCCAGACACCAGACCUCAUAUGUGUUCUGAGAGUGUGGUCCAUGAUUACUUGCCCACCACCAGUGUGAUCUUCUGCUUUGUGGACGAGGUAUGGUCCACUUUGCUCCGGUCUGUCCACAGUGUCCUCAACCGGUCUCCACCACACCUUCUCAAAGAGAUCAUCUUGGUGGAUGACUUUAGUACCAAAGAAUAUCUCAAGGACCAUCUGGAUGUGUAUAUGUCCCAGUAUCCCAAAGUACGGAUCGUCCGUCUGAAGGAGAGGCAGGGCUUGAUCCGAGCUAGGCUGGCAGGAGCCGCCAUUGCCAAAGGUGACGUUUUGACCUUUCUUGACUCGCAUAUCGAAUGCAACGUGGGCUGGCUGGAACCUCUCCUGGAGAGAGUGUACAUGGACCGGAGGAAAGUGGCCUGCCCAGUCAUCGAAGUCAUCAGUGACAAGGACAUGAGCUAUGUGUUGGUUGACAACUUCCAAAGAGGGGUGUUCAAAUGGCCCUUGGUGUUUGGGUGGAGCACGUUAUCAAAGGACACCAUCAAGAAGAAUCACAUGAAGGAUUCAGAUCCCAUCAGAUGUCCUGUCAUGGCAGGAGGCCUUUUCUCCAUCGAUAAGAAGUACUUCUAUGAACUGGGCUCUUAUGAUCCUGGCCUGGAUGUAUGGGGUGGAGAGAACAUGGAAAUCUCUUUUAAGAUUUGGAUGUGUGGAGGUGAGAUCGAGAUCAUCCCGUGUUCCCGAGUGGGGCAUAUUUUCCGAGGCGAGAACCCGUACAAGUUUCCCAAGGACAGGCAGAAGACGGUUGAGCGUAACCUGGCCAGGGUGGCAGAGGUGUGGCUGGAUGAGUACAGGGACCUGUUCUACGGCCAUGGAUACCUCCAUCUGUUGGAUAGGAGUGUCAUCGACAUCGGCAACCUCACAGACCAGAUCGAACUCCGGAAGAAGCUUGAGUGCAAGAGCUUCAAGUGGUACCUGGACAACGUGUACCCAGACAUGGUCGCUCCGCUGGUCAAAGCUGAGGGGCUGGUUUUCAAUCGUGGAGUCAGAAAAUGCCUCGCUCUGCAGGAUGGCUCCCUUGCCUUUGAGAUAUGUGAUCUCAGCAAGCUGAGUCAACACUUCAAUUACACCUGGAUGAGGCACGUUCGCCAGAAGGAUGUCUGCGUCACUGCUCAUGGCAAAGGGACCAGUCUGGCUCUGCAGCCGUGUGACAACACCAAGCCACAGCUACGCUGGCUCCACAAGGCCACCAACUCGGCUCUGGUGGAGCACCUCAUAGCGGAGAAUAGUCCCCGGCGUAUGUGCCUGGAGGCUGGGGCUCUGGAUGACAGCAUACAGCUGAAGGAGUGCGAGUCUACCAGUCACUACCAGAAGUGGCAGUUCACACACUACCACACUGUGUGAUGGGAGUACAGGACUACAGUACUGUUCCUGCUUUAGAGAUUGACACUAAAGAACUUGACUGUACUGUAUGCAUUUGGAUGUUUUCAGUGUAUUUCUGCAAUGGGAUAUGCAUGGUGCUGCUGGUGUGAGGGUGGUGUUGGGACGUGCAAUGCUUUUAUUUUUUUUUUACUUCUCCUUUUUAUCAUGAUUGACCUUCACUUGGAAUUUUGAAUUUUUGCAUGACUGAGGGCCCCGGAAUGAUUUGAAAGGACAGCUGUUACACUGUGUAAUUACAGGUUUGUAUUUGGUGGCAUAGUUUACUGGUGUAGGCUAUACAAAUAAAUAAUUGUUGCAUACUUGUAUGCAGUGGGUUGUGAAAGUAUUCACCCCCCCUUGGCAUUUUUCCUAUUUUGUUGCCUUACAACCUGGAAUUAAAAUUGAUUUUUAUGGG